GCUCUUCUUCUUCUCCCCUGCACGGAACAAGAAGCCCAGCCACCGACACACACACCCCCUUGAGGAACCGUAAGAAAGCUUGAUUUUUCCCUUCUUUCUUGUUCAAGAACAAGAUUUAGACCUUAGAAAUCUUCCCCUCUACAGAAAAUCCCAGAUCUACUCUGUUCCUUCCUCUCUGUCCGCUGCUCUUGGCUAGUGUGGGUGUGAUUCUUCAAGUUUGUGAUCCCAAAAUUUUCCCUCAAUUCCCGCCGGAUUCCCCCAACCUGCAGCUCCGGUUUGCUUGCUGAAUUUUCUGGUAAGUGACAGUUCCCUCUAAGUCCCAAAUUACCCAUUAGUUGCUGAAUUUAGUCCAGUUAAUUGCUACCCCUGUGUUGUUCGAAUUUCUGCUGAGUUAGGGGAUAAAUUCUGGUAGCAAUUAGGACAAAAUUAAGCUUAAUUCAUGUAGAAAUUAUGUGGUUGAGUGUUAAUUAGCUGCUGUGAGGUUUUGGAGAAAAAUCCCUUGAAAUUAGCUAUUGUUUUGUCAAGCCGGUUCCUCCAUGUUGUUGUCCGUGAAUUGGAGAAUUUUGUAUAUGUGUGGUAUGUAUAUAUAUAUAAAUGUGCAAUCUGAUUUUUGUGCUCAAAUUUCGGAUAGAAGAAAAAUAAGCAUAAAUAAAUAAAUAAAUAAAUAAGAUUUUUUUGUGGGAUUGAUGGCCGGCAACAAUAGGAGGAUUUAAAUGUUUAGUUUAUAUUGAGAAUAAAAUUGAGAUGUCCGGUCAUAUGGUUAUUAAUUUUGGAAUAUUUUGGUUAGGUUCUUGGUUGUUCUGUCACCCUAGCACUUGGAGUGAAUUUUCUGUGUUAUGCAAUUGAGAUAAGUAAAUUAUGGUAACGCUCUUCAAUUUCAAAGUAAAAGCAUAUUUUAAAUUGUUUUUGAGAUGGUGACAAGGUUUAAAUUGAUUUUAUUAGCACCAAACAUGAUUGGUUUGAAAUGGAAUUAUUAUCAUUUUCAUUGAAUAAAGCAUGCCUACUUGGAGUUUACUUAACUGCCCUGAUGAUCUGAGAAUUUUUGUAAAUUAUAAUUUUCCUGUUAAAUCCAUGCCCACAUGGAAUUUUUCCCGUUUAUUCUUGAAAUUGAGAUUGUAAAUUACGGAUUUUUCCUGUAAAUCCUGCAUGGUUUUGUCUCAAAUAUAGUCAUGAUUACUGAUUACUGACGCUCGCUAAUGGGAGUUGUAAACGCUAGCAUAUGUUGACAUAUUUACUGAUAAAACUGGUUCAUUCUGUAAUCCUGCCAAUGGGAUAAUACAUUUGUUAUUAUUGAUGCUUGCCAAUAGGCUAAUACAUUGGUUAUUACUGACACCUGCCAGUGGGAGUUUGUUAAACACUGGCCGUGAUUUAUAGAUGAGACUACUACUGAAUCUUAUUCUGCAUUAACGGUUUAUCAUUGAACGUUUUGUUAUGUUAAAUUGUUUAUCAGGCAUGCUUAAAUUUUA